GCAGAAGGUGCUUCAUCAUCUUUAGUAUGAUGGCCAACACGGUUGGCGCUGCAGCUCUGUGUGGAGAUCUCAAGGUCUUUCUGAACCAAAACCUCACCAAAGGUGAAAUUUCAAUCAUGCAUAUAUGCAGUUGUCCAUUACAGCUCAUGUGAGUGCUAAUCCGGCUACCGGUUCACACUAUUACAGUGUGGACAUGUGUUCGGGGCGCUUGAUUGUGCAGCUACACAUCUAUUCAGCUUUCCUACUCUCUGGGGCUUUCCACUGCUCUCAGAUCAGGCCAGAGCAAGCGAGCACCCAUUCCCCGGUCAUUCUCAGAGCGAUCCGCCUUAGCAGUGGGAAUGGGACCAUCUGCGCGUGUGCUUAGAGACAGGGAAUCCCGCUGCAGGCAAAGACACGCUUUCAGUGAAUGCAGCUACCGUGAGCGAGUUUCACACCCGGCAUGGGUGAAAGUCCACGUGUGGAUGGGUGGACUCCCUCUGCGCUCGCUCUGCAAUGCCUGUCGAGCCUCUCAAGUUUCCACUGAAUGGUAACAAAAGGGGUAGAGAGAGAGAGAGCGCGAGAGAGAGAGAGGGGGACAGCAGAUCCAAGCCUGCUAGGCGGCUUUGAAAUAUGCUCUCCACUCCUCUUCAGGCAACAUUUCUCUGGUAACUCCAUCCAGCUACAGCCCAGCCUCCAAGAUCACACUAGGAACGGUCAAUUCCAAUGUGGGAGCCCAGAUGAUUUUAAGCACACCACAGAGAGUGUCUCACCCUGGAAAUAUCCUCAUCAGUAGCCCAUUUACGCCUCACACGACACCAAUUGCCAUGGUUACACAACCUCACCCUCCCGAGGGCAACGAGUGGACCCCGGGGAACAAGAAAAGGACACACGACUACAUGGAUUCCUAUUACUCAGACAGGGACGGACUGUGUUCGAUUGAUUCCUCAUCAAGUAAGAGAAUGAAGAGAGCAGAUAAGAAUGGUAAAGGUCUGAGGCACUUCUCUAUGAAGGUAUGCGAGAAGGUACAAAAGAAGGGCACCACAUCCUACAACGAAGUGGCCGAUGAGCUGGUGGCCGAGUUCACCCAUGCCAGCAGUCUGAUGCCCGCUGACUCUCAGGUGUACGACCAGAAGAACAUUCGGAGACGUGUAUAUGAUGCUCUCAACGUGUUGAUGGCCAUGAACAUCAUCUCUAAAGAAAAGAAGGAGAUACGCUGGAUUGGCCUGCCCACAAACUCAGCCCAAGAGUGCCGAAACCUAGAGCUGGAAAAACAGAAGCGCUUGGAAAGAAUUCGACAGAAAAGGGCCCAGCUGGAGGAACUAAUAUUACAGCAGAUCGCCUUUAAGAAUCUGGUACAGAGGAACCAGGCCAACGAAGCGUCGUCACAUACGGCUCCUCCUCCAGGAUCUGUCAUUCAGCUUCCCUUCAUCAUCCUCAACACAGACGUACGCACCGUCAUCGACUGCUCCAUCUCUAGUGAUAAGUGUGAAUACCUCUUUAACUUUGACAACACGUUUGAGAUCCAUGACGAUGUUGAGAUCCUGAAGCGAAUGGGAAUGUCUCUGGGCCUUGAGAACGGCACAUGCUCUCCAGAGAACCUCAGUUUGGCCAAAUCUCUCGUGCCUAAAUCCCUGGAAGCUUAUGUCCUUGGAAUGGCCAGAAACUCCAACAGAACACCUCUCAGCCACACAAGCACUGCCCCUUCACACACCUCAGAGUCUCGGGGUCAAACGCCCAGCUCCUUCAAUGAGGAAGAGGACGACGACGAUGAAGACGAUGACAAUCCCUCUUCCCCCGAGUGAGCGUCUGCUCUGCAGGACGUCAGCCAUCGUUCUCUAUGCUGGGACAGGAUUCCCGAGCAGCACCGGGGAGGAAUGCUACACAGGAAAUAAGCUGCCACUCCUUGCUGUAUUACAAUAUUUUUAACUUCCCUCACAAUCUCUCACUUCCUCUUACCCAGUUUGGCACAAACUUUGGCAGAAGACUUCGACUCGGGGGGAGACAGUUCACUGUGCUUUUUUAUUCUGUUAGUUGAUGCGUAAGCCGCAGGUCGGGCCGUAAAGGAGAGCAGAUGAGCAUAUUUUUCCAUGAAAGAUCCUCAGUUUAAUUUCCCUAAUCUCAGUGUUCUUACUUUCUCCACUACUCAUCCAGAGGACUUUCAACUUUCUCCCGAAAAUGUAUUUAUUUUGGUCAUUUUAAGACCAAACCAAGUUAUCUUUCUUUGCUGUAGGGAUUGGAAAAGCAGUGUCCUGGAAGGAAUGGAAAAUCUUCAUUUUUAUAAGUGGAUCCGAUGUCAUUUUGUUGUAUUGCAUAGUUUAUUUACUGCAGUUGUUGAAGGACAGUAUUGAUGGUUGUUAUCAGCUGUUCUGGGUUCAUGUAGCUUGUUGCAUGUUGCAUCAAGCUAUCUGAAUAUUGCAUGUUAGGAGAUUUUGCUAGUGUUUGUGUGAGUGUGAUAAAAAACAUUUUCAGAGUGGCCAAAACAUGGGAAACUUCCCUCAUCCACUCAGGUCACAUUUUAAACUGACUUAGAUCAACAUAACAUAUACAAAUUUUCAUUUGCAAAUGGAACUGUAUGUACAUGUAUACAUGUAUAAACAUAUCAUUUUGGUUAUCAAA